GUUCUACAAACUGGACACUGUGCAAAAAGGACGAAUUCUCUAUUUUCCGCGGGAAAUGCGGGAAGAAUCCUGACUGACAAGUUGUCUAAGUACCCCGUGCAGGACUGCAUACUAUAUUACGUAGCUAUAGGUGGAGACAGCUAUAACUAACAUGGACCUGGAAGAUAAGAGCCUUUUUGUGGGCAGGCAGAAGGGUGGUGACAGUCAGGACUACACUCCUAUCUACACUGUAGUGACAGCAGUGCUGAGUCCUGACUUGGUAGACAAGCUGCCGACCAGGCGCCGAGAAUUCCUGCAGAAACUCCAGACAGACACGGGUGUGAGCAUCAACCUGCACAGGGGGGGAGGCACUUACGAGGUGGAGGGCAGUCUAGCACAACUACAACAGGUACAUGACAUACUGUCUGAGUUGGUUGGCAACCGAGAAUCCCCACAAGCCAGACUUAAGCAGACAAACAUCCCAAAUGGCCUGCCCACAGAGGGGGUUCAUGAUGCAUCAGGCACAAAGCCCAUCGUGGCCAAGGAAGUUCCUGAUGAACCUGUUACAAAUGGGACACCUAAGUCAAAAGUCUCCCCUUCUGGGAAACCCAGAGGAGAAAAGGCAGCAGAGAGGCAAAGGUCCAGGAAUUCAGAGGACGAUGAGGGCUUCGAAAUCAUAGAUGAAGCAGAACAGGAAGAUGCCAGAGGUCAUCAGCCAGCCGUGAGGCCAAAGGUCAGACACCAGCGGCCAAUGGCAGCCCAGUUCGACAAUCAUGACAGUGGGGAAAAGAACUCUGGGUCCGGAGCGAGGAGAGUUCGUGAGAGACAUGACGAGGACGGGUCAGAUUUGAGCUCGGACGAUGAGGACGUGAUGGCUCUGGACCAGGACACCUUCAACUACCUGUACCACGCCUACCAGGACAGGCUGCAGGACAUCCGCCGCCAGUACAGGGUCAAGUUCAGGUCAAAGAGCAACGAGACCGACAUGCUGAAGUUCAAGGUCAUCCCAAAAGAUCCCACCACCACUGUGGAUCAGCUGACCACGGCCAAGGAUGCCUUCAUCGCCCUGUACCAGAGUGUCUUCCCCAACUUGGUUCAGGAAGUGAUGGAGCUGGCCUACGACCCUGCACUGGCACAGCAGGUCAAGACAGCCAUCGACAAAACCAGGAAGGAUCAUCCUGACGUGUAUGUCCAGGUGGAGAACAACAACCACCGGUUUGCUUUCAUUGGAGAACAGGUCCAGGUGAUUGAAGCCAAGAGCCAGUUCCGCCAGCUGUCAGGAGUGAUGUCGGGUCUGGUGCGUCAGGUCGGGAGGCACCACACCCUCGGCGGGCACAUCAUCGUCCCAUCCAACCUACAGGACGAGAUACGGGAACAGGUCACCCGUGACAUGGGCGAGAAAAUCCCAGAGGAGUACCCCUAUGGUGAAGAGAUUGAGCUCCAGGAACGUAAGACAUCAGAAGCCAGCAAGCCAGGAGGAAGCAGAGGGGUUCGAUUCAAACAACAGAGUGACAGAUACGUGUUCAGGACGAAGGAGGGAAUCACUGUGUCCAUGUACCAAGGUGAUCUGACUCAGGAAAAGGUCACUGCUAUUGUGAACGCAGCUAAUGGCUACCUGGCUCAUGCUGCAGGCAUCGCUGCAGCUAUACAGGAACAGGCAGGGCCCAGUCUGGAGGAAGAGUGCAGGAAGUACAUCAGUAAGCAUGGCCCUCUAUACGAGACGCAGGUCAUGCACACCAGCGCGGGAAACCUGCCAUGUCACUAUGUCAUCCAUGCUGUCGGCCCCAAGUGGCGGGACUACAGUAACAAGACGGAGUGUGCCAGUGCCCUGCGUGUCACCUUCCUGAACUGUCUGGACUAUGCUAAUGAAAAGCUUCAUGCUACAACCAUUGCUCUCCCUGCCAUCAGUACAGGUAUCUUCGGUGUCCCAAACGACGUCUGUGCGAAGGCGGUGUACGAUGCUGUCCGAGACUUCAGCAAGUCUCAGUCUCAGCUGGGCAGCCUGGGGGAGGUUCGGCUGGUGAAUGCGGAGAUGGAGAUGGUCCACGUCCUGAGGCAGAUGUUUGAGAUCAGCAUGAGUCAGGAGGAGGAGGAGGAGGAGGGAUGUGAGAGCCCAAGUUCAGGGAGUGCCUUCAUCAGAAUUUCCAAGACAACAGAAGAGGUCCUGUUGUCUCCCAGGGCUGCACGGAGGAGGGAGGAGGAGAGAGAGGUGGAGGAAGAAGACACAGAAGUGGCCCAGAUCACAGAGAUGGCUCCUGAGGAGGGGGAGGACAACGAGCCUGAAGUAGAACCUCCGGAGGAUGUUCAAAUAAUAACAGGCAAACCCAAACUUCUGCACUCCAUCUCUGAUCCCCAUGGAGCCAGUGGGGGCAGAAGGAAACAGGAUAAGAGCGAUGUCAUUUUCACUUCAAACAAACCUACAGAUCCUGACCCAAGCUUAGAUCAGGAGGCAGCUCACCCUAGCAGUGAUGACCAGAUUGCAGCAGCUGCAGCUGCAGAAGUGGCAGGCCCUGAUGAGGAUGACCCUGACAAACGUCCAGUGCAGUUUACUACAAAGCCCCCACCAGAGGAAGGUGCCAUGUCUGAAAAGGAGAAAGUUAUCAAAGAUCUUCUGGACAACUUUGAUAAACUGACUGAUACAGAAAGGGGUCUGCUAGACCAGCUGCUGACAGAGACUGACCCGCGGUCCGGCCAGUCACACGGAGUACACAAGCCCCGUGUGCGAUCGCGCAGCCUGGACAGACCUCCCAAACAACCACCAGAAAAGGAAGCCUCCAGGACAAGGUCUCCACUCCGCAGCCAGAAGGCCGGAAGCACGGCAAGCUCACAAAGUGAGAGAAGCACGAGGGACCGCGGGAAGCCGAAAGACAACUGUCUCCUUUGCAACACGACAGAGCAGCUUCGCACAGUCCCCUUCUGUAAGGUUGGACACAAGUACUGCCUGCAGUGUAAGGUUAAGUAUUACUCCCGCCUCCGCACAUGUCCACACAAGGACUGUCACGAACCAGUCACACCAGACUUCCGCAAUGCCUCCAAUGACACAGAGAACAAACAGUUUACAUCAACCACCCAGGCUUCAGCGGACCCAAGUAAGGGUCCAAGUGCAGCACGUAUUCACUUUCCUUCUGAUGUAGAGCAUAAUCCUCCCAGUCAGGAGCCAACAUACAGUACUCUAUAUCCGUUGCAUGAAAGUUCACUCCCCUCAGAAGAACCAACAAACAAGCAGUCCACAACCAGCAGCAGCACAACCACAAAAAGCACCUUGAAUACUGAAGGAAGACGCCGCUCUUCAGACUCAACCUUGCAUCGUAGUUUUGAGCCAGAAAACCAACCCCACAGCAGCCAUGUCCCUGAGAGUAAAGUACAUCAUGGAAGCAGCUACUCGGCUGAUCCCUCUUCCUUUUCUCCAAGAAGACGUGUCUCGGAUUCAGGUGCUUCUUCCACGGACCAGGAACCAGCCUCGUCUCCGAGAGUGAGGGCAGGUUACAGUUUUUGGGGAGAGGGCAAGCCGGCAGCACAGCCAGUCCAAGAAGAAACAACGUGGCCUUAUUGUGAAGAGUCUGGCAGAGGACAUUGACGAUGUUGGACUUGACUCUGGGCACC